AUGGGUGCAGAAGUGGAACAAAGCCCGGAAAAAUUACCACCUCUAAUUUUACUUGUAUUGUAUUUCUAAGCCUUUUCAACAUUCUGCGAGGGAUCGUGGUCUUUUGGCUCAGUUCAGCCUGUUAGAACAGAGUCUCGUCCAAAAGCGAAGAAGCCACAGUAUAAAAACUAUGACUUGUACUAUUACAAUCCUGAAACGCUAGGUUCUUCCUUUUACUUUGGAUCACAGACUCAUUGUCAGUGUCGUCCAGGACCUCCGGGUCCUCCGGGUCCACCAGGAGUUGCUGGCCUUUCAGGUGAAGAAGGAGCACCGGGUGAAAAGGGCGAACGCGGUGAUCGUGGAGAAAGUGGUGAUCGCGGAAGAAGUGGCAGACCGGGGUAUCCUGGAUUUCCGGGGCCCAUUGGCCCACCAGGUCCCCCAGGUUUGCCUGGAAAACCAGGGGUACACCACCAGACAAAACGUCCAACAAUCGUUUAUUUACCGGCAGAGGACAAGCCGCCCAAAAAAGAAACCACAAAGGGCAGUUCAGCAAUGAAAACCCACCAUCAAAACCCGAUAACAGAAAGUCUAUUAAAAUAGUAAGCAAACCUAAGGCACCGCAGCCUUUGA